AUGAAUGCUGAGACUUGCGUCUCUUACUGCGAGUCGCCGGCUGCUGCCAUGGACGCCUACUACAGCCCGGUGUCGCAGAGCCGGGAGGGCUCCUCGCCUUUCAGGGCAUACCCCGGCGGCGAGAAGUUCGGCACAACUUUCCUCUCGGCCGCCGCCAAAGGGCAGGGAUUCGCAGACGCCAAGAGCCGGGCCCGCUACGGCGCGGGGCAGCAGGACCUGGCGGCACCCCUGGAGAGCGGCGCCGGGGCGCGGGGCUCCUUUACCAAGUUCCAGCAGCAGCCGCAGCCGCAGCCGCCGGCCCCGCAGCCGCCGCCGCCGCCGCCCGCGCAGCCCCCGCAUCUCUACUUGCAGCGCGGCGCUUGCAAGACUCCCCCGGACGGCAGCCUCAAACUCCAGGAAGGCAGUGGCGGCCACAACGGGGCCUUGCAGGUCCCCUGCUACGCCAAAGAGAGCUCCCUGGGUGAGCCAGAGUUGCCGCCGGACUCUGACACCGUGGGGAUGGACAGCAGCUACCUCAGUGUGAAGGAGGCUGGAGUGAAGGCACCCCAGGACCGGGCCAGCGCCGAGCUGCCCAGCCCGCUGGAGAAGGCUGACUCCGAGAGCAACAAGGGCAAGAAGCGGAGGAACAGAACUACCUUCACCAGCUACCAGUUGGAGGAGCUGGAGAAGGUCUUCCAGAAGACCCACUACCCCGACGUGUAUGCCCGGGAGCAGCUGGCCAUGAGGACAGACCUCACCGAGGCCCGCGUGCAGGUCUGGUUCCAGAACCGGAGGGCCAAGUGGAGGAAGAGGGAGCGUUUUGGGCAGAUGCAGCAGGUUCGAACCCACUUCUCCACUGCCUACGAGCUGCCCCUCCUCACCCGAGCGGAGAACUACGCCCAGAUUCAGAACCCAUCCUGGAUCGGCAACAAUGGGGCUGCCUCGCCAGUGCCAGCCUGUGUGGUCCCCUGCGACCCGGUGCCCGCCUGCAUGUCGCCUCAUACCCACGCCCCCGGCUCCGGGGCCAGCGGCGUCACCGACUUCCUGAGCGUCUCCGGGGCAGGCGGCCACGUGGGCCAGACACACAUGGGAGGCCUGUUUGGAGCAGCGGGCCUCAGCCCGGGCCUCAACGGCUACGAGCUCAACGGCGAGCCGGACCGCAAGACCUCGAGCAUCGCGGCCCUGCGCAUGAAGGCCAAGGAGCACAGUGCGGCCAUCUCCUGGGCCACAUGA